UUUCCUUUUAAUUGCCCUGAAAACACACACACUCUCACCUAACACGGAAGGUGAGAGCUGAAUGAAGUUUUCUGGGUAAUGGCUUGAAAUGUUUUCCUUAUGAGAAGUGGUGUUGAGUUACAGCGUGCAGACGGAGCACUGGGAGGAGAGAAGUGGCAGCCUCAGCCCGGCCCCCACCUUUUCUUGGGCUUAGAGGAAGGUGGACGUGGACUGGGGGGAGACGAGUGAUAUGUUGAACUGUCCGGUGGCUGGAAUCGCCUGCUCCCAGAGUGACCUACGGGCAGUGUUUAGCACGGUUUAGCCAGGGGCCAGCUGAGCAGGCACAGAGGCUCUGCUGUGAAAUGCCACGCAGGCGGAGACUGACAAGCAGUCGGAGCUGAGCUUUCCCCCUCGGACCGCUCUUGCCGCUGGGUUCAGGGGAGGGGGUGCUUCCUGGCAACCCUGCUGCUGCUCCUUCAGCUCCCUCUUUCCACCCAAGGUAAGCAGGCUCCAGGGGAGGGGAGGCUGCAAGCGAAGCCUCUGCACCAUGAACAAGAUUCGAAAGUUUUUCCGAGGAAGCGGGCGAGUCCUGGCAUUUAUAUUUGUAGCUUCUGUCAUCUGGCUGCUCUUUGACAUGGCAGCUCUCCGCCUGUCAUUCAGUGAGAUCAACACUCGGGUCCUCAAGGAAGACAUCGUCAGGAGGGAGCGGAUAGGAUUCCGAGUUCAGCCAGACCAAACGAAGAUCCUUUACAGCAGCAUAAAAGAAAUGAAGCCCCCACUGAGGGGACAUGGGAAGGGCAUAUGGGGCAAAGAGAGCUUUAGAAAAACUGAGAAGAGUAAGCUCAAGGUUGAGGAUGACUUGGACCAAACCCAGAGGGAAAGAAAAAUGCAGAACGCCCCGGGAAGGGGCAAGGUUGCCCCUUUGUGGCAUCCUGAGUAUCUACAGACCCUUCCGGUGACUUUGACCAAGCAAAACACAGAGAGGCAGGACCUCAGACCUGAAGCCCACUCUCGCCACAUGGCAAAGCAAAUGAGAACUCAGGGGGCUCAGAGAACCCCAUUCAUAGCUGCAAGAGAAACUCAAUUGGCCGAAAUCUCUGUACACGCGGGACCCGACAAUAUAAACCAGGAGGCCCCAAAGAGUCCUAGUCUUGGCAGUGAUGCAUCAAAACAAGCAGCCGAAAGAAAUCCAAAUGUGACCAUCAGUCCUGAUACUGACCGAUCAAAGCAGCAAUCACAGGCAGUAGCAAAUGAGAGGACACACCCUGCCAGCCCACUGUUGCCAAAAUCUAGGGAAGCCAUAGCCUUAAAUAAAACUGAGACUCAGAGCAAAGAACUAGAUUCAAAUAAACAUGGAGCCAAUGAGAGCCUUCCCUUUUCCAAGUUUAUUGCCAAUUCAAAUCGCUCAAAGAAGCAAUCUAUUAACGAAGCGCCGUUGGGAGGCUUGCCAAAGGAUGAUGGAGCCAAAGUGGCUGGUGGGAAGAAAUUCAGUUUCUCUGAAAGCCACGUUGUGAUUAUAACCAAGGAGGAGGAGCUAAAGACAGACACCAAACAGGCCCCCAAUCCUAAAAACAAAACUGUGCUCCCUAUUGUAUUGGGUGAAAGCCGAGGGAAACACAUUGCCAGGAAUAGAAGUGAGGCAUCUUUCCCUGCAUGGAGAGCAACAGUCUCUCAAACCCAUCAAGCCUUAGCUGAGGGGCUAGAGCCAGCAAGAGUCAACUUGACUGCCAAGGCCCAACCUGCAGAACUCAACCAAAAUCAUGUAAAAGCCUUGUUACCUGAAGAACGUGGAAUGCACCAUGUGUUAAAAAUUGAUGUGACACUUUCUCCACGGGACCCCAAAGCUCCAGGCCAAUUUGGACGGCCCGUAGUCGUUCCCCGUGGAAAGGAGAAGGAGGCAGAAAGAAGAUGGAAAGAAGGAAACUUCAAUGUCUACCUCAGCGAUUUGAUCCCAGUGGACAGAGCCAUUGAAGACACAAGACCUGCUGGGUGUGCUGAGCAGCUAGUUCACAAUAACCUCCCGACCACCAGUGUCAUCAUGUGCUUUGUGGAUGAAGUGUGGUCCACUCUCCUGAGGUCUGUUCAUAGUGUCCUCAAUCGCUCUCCUCCACACCUCAUCAAGGAGAUUCUACUGGUAGAUGACUUCAGCACCAAAGACUACCUAAAAGGUAAUUUGGAUAAAUACAUGUCUCAGUUUCCAAAAGUUCGGAUUCUUCGCCUCAAAGAGAGACACGGCUUAAUAAGAGCCAGGCUGGCAGGAGCACAGAAGGCAACAGGUGAUGUGUUGACAUUCUUGGAUUCUCACGUGGAAUGUAACACUGGUUGGUUGGAACCUCUUCUGGAAAGGGUUUAUUUAAGUAGAAAGAAAGUAGCCUGUCCAGUAAUUGAGGUCAUCAAUGAUAAGGAUAUGAGUUACAUGACAGUGGACAACUUUCAAAGAGGCAUCUUUGUGUGGCCCAUGAACUUUGGUUGGAGAACAAUUCCUCCAGACGUUGUUGCAAAAAACAGAAUUAAAGAAACAGAUAUAAUAAGGUGCCCCGUCAUGGCAGGUGGAUUGUUUUCUAUUGAUAAAAAUUACUUUUUUGAACUUGGAACCUAUGACCCUGGGCUUGAUGUCUGGGGUGGAGAAAAUAUGGAGCUCUCAUUCAAGGUGUGGAUGUGUGGUGGUGAAAUUGAGAUCAUUCCCUGUUCCCGAGUGGGCCACAUAUUCAGAAAUGACAAUCCAUACUCCUUCCCCAAAGACCGGAUGAAGACAGUAGAGCGGAACUUGGUGCGGGUUGCUGAGGUCUGGCUUGAUGAGUACAAGGACCUAUUCUAUGGCCAUGGGGACCACCUCAUAGACCAAGGGUUAGAUGUUGGAAACCUCACCGAACAACAGGAACUUCGAAAGAAACUAAAAUGCAAAAGUUUCAAAUGGUACUUGGAGAAUGUUUUUCCUGAUCUGAAGGCUCCCAUUGUGAGGGCUAAUGGUGUGCUUAUUAAUGUGGCCUUGGGCAAAUGCAUUUCCAUUGAAAACACCGUAGCCACUUUGGAAGACUGUGAUGCGAGCAACAAGCUUCAACAAUUUAAUUACACCUGGCUAAGACUUAUUAAACAUGGAGAAUGGUGCUUAGCUCCCGUCCCUGAUACGGGGGCUCUGAGGCUGCACCCUUGUGAUAACAGAAACAAAGGGCUAAGAUGGCUGCAUAAAUCAACAUCAGUCUUUCAUCCAGAACUGGUGAAUCACAUUGUUUUUGGGAACUAUCAUCAGUUGUUAUGCUUAGAAGGAAAUGUUUCUCAGAAGAUCCUGAGAGUCUCUGCUUGUGACCCAGAAAAGCAAUGCCAAAAGUGGAAAUUUGAAAAAUAUUAUGAAGACUAAAGAACAACUAAUACUUUUAUCUAGUAAACCCAUUAGACACUGUGACAAUGACAGUGGAUGUGGUGACUGUAUUUCUCCAUGGUAGUUUACAUUUUCAAAAUUAAGAGCAUUUGAAUAGGAGAUUUAAAAACCCACAAUAUUUGAGAAACCAAAAGUGAGCUCAGGGAAACAACCUAACGUUGAACUGGAGUCCAUCUUCAGCUCUAGGUGGCCUUUUGAAUUGCAUGCUUCCUGCCCUGUGCUGGAUGGACCUCAGCCUGCCAACUUCCCAUGCAAUCAAACAAGUAACAGGAAAUACAGGAAAUGAAGCCAAAAGUACUUGAGGAAGUACAAUGAUAUUCAUGAUGACUGAUUUUGAUAAUAACCAGCUCUUUUGCUCCACAAGUAGGUAUAAUCAAUGAGAACCUAUUCUUUUAUUUGCUUUUUUUUUUUUUAAUUCAAAAAAUUACUUGAGUUCCUAUAGCAAAAAGGCCUCAGAAACACACAGCUGUCAUCUUGGUGAAGUCCCUCCCAGCUACAUGCCUGUUCAUCUAACAGUAUCGUAUCAUACUCCUCAAUGAUAAGACUUUGAUCUAGAUGAUUACAUAAUGGUUUUUUGUUUUUUGUUGUUUUUUUUUUCCCCCAGUCUGAGUCAGUGGGAAAAAACUUUAAGUGAGGAAGUCAAAUGCUUAUUCAGUUCUAGAUAUAGACAUUGUUUCAAUUCAUUUUGUGCCAAAAGAAGAGUCGUGCUAGUAACUUCCUAGAUUUAAGUGGAUAUUAAAAAAGAAAAAAAAAAAAAGGCAAAGGAAGAGAGGCUGGGUCACAAUGCACUGUAGUUACCAAAAAUACACUAAAGAUACACUUAAUAACACUAUAAUGUAAGACCAAAUAAGAGGAGCUGAAACAAAGCAGCAAUAGAGCACUGAAAAAUAUUAAAGAUUUAUAUAAAAUAUGACUUUAGAUUUAACAGCAUUCACCGGGAUGAAGUAAGCUACAAGUAAGCUCUAAAAGAUUUCAAAGUAGAAGUAAAAUGAAGUAAAUAUAAUGAAAGGGGAAGAGAAAGAGGUAAGCAACCCUCUGGAAGAGAGUUAAGAAAAAAAUUGACCUAGACUUGGCCAGAAAAGAAAAGGAGUCUGGUACCUCUGUGAGGUGGGGGUGGGAGAUAAGGCCGUGGAUGUGGGCCUAAUGAUUACACUGAUAAAUUUGGGGGAAAGUCCAAUAGUUCUUCAAUCCACAUUGAAUUCCUAACCUUACGCAUGUCAGUAUUUAGGCAUACCAGAAGAGAUUCUAGAAAUCCUAACAUCCUUUGUAUUGAUUUUUGGUAAGAAAAUUGAUGCCCAGAAAACAUAUUACCUGUCUAAGAGUCCCACACCAGUUAGUGAGAGAUGAGGAUUCAAAUUUGGAUCUCCAGAGACAGGACUCAAUGCACUGCCCCAGGCCGCUGACCUAAACAAAUCUGUUUCACAGUUUUCUUAAGAAAGAGAGACAUAAACCUUUUUGCAGGCAUUGGGUCUCUGGAGGAAAACCAUGCUAUAUGCUUGUUAAUAUAAAAACAAAGCUUUGUUCAAUUGAGCUGAUGGUUAAACUGGGCAUCUUUAGUUCUGACUUCCUAUUUAAAUUUUAAUUUUAUUUCCCAAUUAAUUGCACAAAAGCAGAGCUAUAGAUAUGACUCAGAAGGGAAACAAUUCUGCCUAUUUGCAUCGUAUUUAAGAUGUUUUAUUCAGAUAAUUGACAUUGCAGAUGAGAUAAGAGAAUGACUAGAAAAUGAGAUAAUUCUUUUCAAAACAGAGCCAUAUGGGGGAUAAAACACAAGUCAGUUGCCAAAGGACUAACUGAGUUGCUGACCAAACUGAAUAUGCUGAGUGCCUCAUGCAAUUCUUUGUAUAACUGCAAAAAUGUUGAAAGGUUUUUUUGCCCCCAGUCUGAAGACUCUUUUAUUCGAAAACAGUUUCCACAAAACACAUCAAGUCUAUUCAGAAAAAGACAAUUAUGGUUUGGAAACACUUACCUUUAGACAUACGAGUGAAAGAAAUUUGAAUGUUUUUCACAAAAAUCUUCUACAGUCUGUUCAGUGUAUGCUCUUCCUGACUUCACCUUGACAUAAUACAAAGCUAUACUGGAAUCUAUAUUGUCAAUAUAGCAAAGGAUUGUUUUCAUGCAUAACAUAUUUGUUCUUGGAAAGAAUUUUAAAAAGAGCUUUUACCAUAUAUUUACUCAACUACUCUAAGAUGCAAGGAACUAAUCAUUAAUUGGAAAUCUUAUAGGCCUAAACUUCAGAGUAUUGACUAAUUGUGAAAUCUACAACACUUUUUAUUUUUAUUUUUUUAAUUACCUCCUUUUUUAUUUUUUACUUUUAUUUUUUUAUGCUUUUUUUAUUAUGUUAUGUUAAUCACUAUACAUUACAUCAUUAGUUUUUGAUGUAGUGCUCCAAGAUUCAUUGUUUGCGUAUAACACCCAGUGCUCCAUGCAGAACGUGCCCUCUUUAAUACCCAUCACCAGGCUAACCCAUCCCCCCACCCCCCCAAUGAAACUGGACCAUUUCCUUACACCACACACAAAAAUAGACUCAAAAUGGUUGAAAGACCUAAAUGUGAGACAGGAGUCCAUCAAAAUCCUGAAGGAGAACACAGGCAGCAAUCUCUUCGACCUCAGCCGCAGCAACUUCUUCCUAGAAAUAUCGCCAAAGGCAAGGGAAGCAAGGGCAAAAAUGAACUAUUGGGACUUCAUCAAGAUUAAAAGCUUUUGCACAGCAAAAGAAACAGUCAAUAAAACCAAAAGACAACUGACAGAAUGGGAGAAGGUAUUUGCAAAUGACAUAUCAGAUAAAGGGCUAGUAUCCAAAACCUAUAAAGAACUUAUGGAACUCAACACCCAAAGAACAAAUGAUCCAAUCAAGAAAUGGGCAGAAGACAUGAACAGACAUUUUUCCAAAGAAGACAUCCAAAUGGCCAACAGACACAUGAAAAAGUGCUCAACAUCGCUCGGCAUCAGGGAAAUCCAAAUCCAAACCUCAAUGAGAUACCACCUCACACCAGUCAGAAUGGCUAAAAUUAACAAGUCAGGAAACGACAGAUGUUGGUGAGGAUGUGGAGAAAGGGGCACCCUCCUCCACUGUUGGUGGGAAUGCCAGCUCGUGCAGCCACUACCAACACUUUCUAAAGCAUUACCCCUCUAUAUUUUGUUUUCAGAAGACUGUAAUAAAUGUGUAAAUGAUACUAGGCCUCUGGCACUUCUAGUGAGAAACCCCUGAGUGGGACACACUAGGGUCCUAUUCAACUCUAAAUUCUUCAGUAGGAGGCUAUGUUAUGGGGAGACUUCAGAGUUUUCCUUGGGUUGGCUUAAGUCAUUGCCUUUUCUUAGAGAAGUGUCUAUACAUUUUGUUACUUUAAACACAAGCAUAGUUUUGAUAUUUUACAGGACUUAUUUGAUCAAAAACUAACUUACCAGACCAUCUGAGUGCUUCUGAACCUUUUGGUUUGCACAGUUCCUUUCUCUUUUUCAACAGUUACCCAGAGCUUCUCCCUGAAGGAUGACACAGCUGUUGUUGGUACAACCAUGUUUUAUCACCAGCAUCAAAUUUGCUCAAUUCCGCUUGCUGACAUUCAAUCAGCUGUCAUUCACAGGGCCAAAAACCACCAUAUGCCAUAAUCAUAAUGUAUUGUUAGUUUUCCACAACUAAUUUGGAAAAUUCUCUUAGCUUUGAAAACACCUUGCUUAUAGUAUUGCCUUAGGGAUUGUAGAGGAGCAAAGAUACCAGUUAUAGUGUAUAGGAAUUCAAAUUCUCCAGUCAACCUUGAAUUUAUGAAUGGUUUAGGAUGAUUUUCAAGGAGUUCUCAUGCAAGAGAGUGGGGUUGAGGCUGGCCAGAUAGUACCAUCUUUAUUUGUUUUAACAAUUUUAACUUCCAUGUUCAAACACAGAAAAGAAAUUACGCCUCACAUGAGGAUCCCAGUAUCUUUGAUACAAACAAGGAAUUUACAGGGAAUAAAGGGAAAACAGAUGAGAACUGAUUAUCUUUGAGUACCUACCAUGUGCUAGGCACCGACUGUACCCCAUUUCACUGUUGUACACAACUCAGUGAAUUAGGUCUUACUCUCCUCAUUAUAUGAUGGCUGAGAGGUAUUAUCUAAGAUCAUCCCACUAGUAAGAGAUUAAAAUCUGGUUUCCAUUCUAUCUGGCUGAGAAAAAAGAAGAAGAGGAAGAAAAGAGUCUCUUUGACGGCAACAUGUUGCUAUGAUUUGUUUGUUUUUUUUUUCUUUAAGCAGGGCAGUCAACUUGGGUGGGCUCAAUUAAAAUCCCUUCAUUGUGAAGUCAAACGUCUUAGAUCUCCCUUGGCUGUGAUAUAGAAGAUGCACCUUUUCUUUUAACUGAAAUGUAGGCUUAAGGUUAGCUAUCCCCACCUGCUUUGCAGUUGUCUAUCUCCUUGACUUCAUGCAGGACAUAUUCUUUUCCACUUCCUAUAAUAAAUAUGAGGAGAAGCAGACAUAGAGAAAUUGCUUCCCUGUAAAUAAUACUGCCAACUCUUUCUUCCCCCAACCAUUAAUCAAAGCUGACAGAUUGCCCAAUUUCAACAGAGAUGGGAAGUAAAACAUUGAAGAGUCUUUUAAUUUAAAAUAAAAACUAUAGCCUGUAACUUUUACUUCAUUGUGUGGAUGGUCACCAUAGUGCUUUUACAACUUUUGUGUAGGUUAUUCAAAAAUUGCUAUGAGCCAUGUGCCUUGAAAUGAAGAAAGGAACACUAACCAAAGCUAAUAUACAAAAUAUUUAUUUUUGGCAAAUAGCCAUUCCAUGGAAAAGUUUGAGUAAGCUAUGUAAAGUAUUAAAUACUCCUCAUGAGGUUUAAUGGAUGGUAUUUCAGGUAGGUGUUGGCACCUAACAGAAAGGAAAAAAAAAAUCCCAUCACAAUAAGCAGAUUCAAUGCCUCUGUUUUCAACCUAAUAGGUCAACUAGUAGUUACCAUUCCAAUAGGGUCUCUUUGCAAGUUUAUGUGAAUCAUUGCUUUGCAAAAACAUACAGGAAAGUUCUCAUUUUUCAACAAAUAGAUCAACUUCUAAUAUGGAGAGUUUCUGAUGAUGACAGUUGCCAUUAAAUAAGUAACAAAUAAUAUCUUUGAAAACAGGGGCUUUCUAUUUUAUUAUUGAUUGAUUGGUAUUUACCAGUUCAAGGAUAUUAGUCAUAAAUAUCUAUAUAAAUAAAACCUUUAUAUUAGAUAUAAAAACUAAUUUUUUGAGGACCUAGAUUAUCUUUACUUGACCAAAAACAUAUCGAUCUUUGUAAAUAUAUAUGUAUACAUACAUAUAUAUCCAUAUAGAUAAAUAUGUGUAUAUAUUCAUAUGUGUGUGUGUGUGUGUGUGUGUAUGAGUCUCUAUAUUGUGCUUUGAAGUGGGAGAAGAUAAGACCAAGAAUUCCUGCUUAUAAAUAUAAAGAAAACUAUGAAUGUUUUUGGAUAUUUUUAAUUCUUUUAAGUGCACAACUUUGCAUCUGGCCUUCUGGACAAAAGUAUCUCCAGUGGACUUUCACUCUGGGUAUCAUUUUCCAUACUUGAAGGGAGUAGCCAAAUUCUAAAUUAUCAAGAUGCUUGUCAUUCAUUUUGGAUUAUGCACAUGCCUUAAUUCUCCUCCUUCAAACAACUGCCCAGAUGUUGCUAGUUUUACACAUAUUAGCUAUCAGAGGUGGACAGAAAUAUAAGAGAAGGCAAAGGUCAAAUUAGUGAAUUUUCUUAUUGAUUACCUAAAAACUUCUGUUAAUGGGAGAAUGAGAUUGAAACAAUGGAAUAUAAAGGAAUUUGGAGUUAAUUUGAACAUUUUGAAGUACCCAGUUUUUCAGCCUCUACUAACUGAAGUUAUUAUAAAGAAGGAAUCAAAUAUGUAAUUUUAAGUCACUAACUAAAAAUUCAGAUUACUUUCCAAAUUCAUUUCCAAAACUCUCCCACACUGUCAGUUGAUUACCAGGUACUGUCCUUUGAUUUUGUAGUUUGCCUUGUAUCUGUUGGGUGAUUUCUGCUGUUGAUUACUACCCAUGACACUGUGUUUAUGUUAAUUGUAUAGCUUAGUCACCUCAUGUUCCUCAUGAGCUGUAUACACAUUUUGGUAUUCAUAUUUAUUUUGUUACUGUCUGAUAUUUUAAUAUUGGCAAAUGUUUGCUAUAACUUCUGAUAUUACUUUUUAUAGCCCUCUUGUUUUUAUAGAGCAGUGAAAGUUAAGCCUUUAAAAGUAGUUGCCUUUCUCAUAUGGUCAAACAUAUUUCUUCUUUAUGAUACUCUGGUGCUUCAUCUUUUUCCAUAAUUCUCUAUUAUUACUUAUUUUAAAUGCUUUUCCUAUCACUUUGAAAAAUUAGAUGUCCGUUCUUCAUUUGAAAAUGUGCCAAAAGUACUACCCCAUGUAAGUAUGUGAAACAUUACUAUAAAAGUGUCAGCAUGGUUUAAAUGUAUUACCUUGAUGGCUAUAAAGAUAUAUAUAUGUUUUCAAGUUGUUGGAGUUAAAGUGUAUCUAAAACAAGAGCUUAGUUCCUAUAAAAAUAAUACAAAUUUUUCAUUAACAUUACAUACCAACCUACCAGAAAUUCUUUUUGCAAUUGUGUACACAAUCAUUUUAAGACCUUUUUGAAAUAGUGCUUUUUGAAUUUAAAUAAGGUGUUCUCUUGAUUUCUAAAGCAGCAUUUCUUAAUGGUCUUUAAUAGCUGCUGAUAUGCAAGGGUUCUUCCUACAUUUUAAAGGGCAGUGAAAGAAAAUAAAUUCUAGACACCAAAAACAAGGACACAAACUUUUAUUGAGAGCAAGCCAGACACAGCAGUUCUUUAUUUAAAUUGUAGACAGAUGAUAGAUAGAGUCUGACAUAUUCCAUGUCUUCCAGUGUGGCAUUAUAUGAAAGGUAAAUUUUAUAUUGACAAAUAAAUAGAGCUUUUAUUAAUUCCUGUUCACCCCAAAACUAAGAAAAAUUAAAAGUCAUGUAAGAAAUAGCAACAUUCUGGGGCGCCUGGGUGGCUCAGUCAUUAAGCGUCUGCCUUCAGCUCAGGUCAUGAUCCCAGGGUCCUGGGAUCGAGCCCCGCAUCGGGCUCCCUGCUCGGCGGGGAGCCUGCUUCUCCCUCUCCCAUUCCCCCUGCUUGUGUUCCCUCUCUCACUGUGUCUCUCUCUGUCAAAUAAAUAAAAUUUAAAAAAAAAAAGAAAUAGCCACAUUCUCACAAGAAAUCAAUUCUCCCUCCUAACAUGUACCAGAGUCCUUCUUCCAUCCACCCCUGAACCUUGAAUCACAAAAGCAGUAAAUCUUCCAGUAUAGUUACCAAUUUGUGUUCUACCUUGUCUUGUAAGAGCGUCUAAUAUGUUAAAUAUCCCUUAUGAAAUCAGAACCAUACCCUUGCCUUUCCUAGGCUAUAAAGAAUCAAAUAGUCACCUAACCCCAUUAGUGUUACUUAUGAUCACUUAACUCUGUGGCCUUAGUGUAAGAUGGCAGCACAGGUCAAUGGGCAUUAAUGUCAAAGAGCAGUUUCCAUGCUCUUUCGUAGCUACACUGCCUCAUCCAUAAGCACUAAGCAUUUGCUCACUGAACAUACCCUGAUAAAGUCUUUGUUGACAAAAUCUUUCAUAUUUGGUUAAUUAUAUGGUAAGAGCACAAAGCUAAAAAGGCCAGGGUUACUAUGUGUUGGAUCCCCAUAAGAUCCAGUUCCUUGGCCAUGUCACACCAUA